AUGGCCACACGAGUUAGAUCAGACAGCCCUCAGGUCGAACCUUUUCCUCCUCUUGAAGCACCACACACGCCCACCUCAGCCCCUCAAGCCGCCUUUGGCAAUUCGAAAGAAGCUCGACACCUGCUCAAGCCACACGCACCAGAGUAUACUGUUGUUUCACCAAAGUCCCCGGCACGGUACUCGCCCAGACCUCUUACAGGCGCCGCUGCUCAGGCUGAUGCUAGAAGAUUGCAACAACAGCAACCAACCCGCGAAUCCAGUCAGACUACCCCAAACCCUGCCACCACUGCUCUGCAUGCACUGAUGAGUGGCCCUCCGGUAUCGAAGGCCUCAGAUCUCUCUCCUGUAAACCACUCUCCAGCUAGCCAGAUGCGCAAACCAAGCACACACCUCACUGUGCCUGUCACAACGACUGCUGAGGCUUCUCAGCCUAGCCCUGUGAGCCUCAGAAGUUUCGGAGACUCGGAUGCCGUUUCACCCAAUGGCGCAAUGACGGCAACUGCUCAUGACCAUACUCGAGACAGUCAACUGGUCGCCGAGCCUGGAGAGAUGUCCAGCAUGGACUAUCCCGAGCCGACACGUGGAUACAACCCGCCAACGAACGCUCAUCCUUCGCACAAAUCAUUCACAUACCCUGGUCCAGCAUCCGUAGCAGCAGAGGCGGCCUCAGAAGGUCAGUCGAGAGCCUCUCCAUCGACCAAACGGCACAAGUGUCCGUAUUGUGCGACUGAUUUCACACGUCACCACAACCUCAAAAGUCAUUUGCUUACGCACAGCCAAGAAAAACCAUAUGUUUGCCAGACUUGUCAAUCACGCUUCAGAAGGCUGCACGAUCUCAAACGCCAUACCAAGUUGCACACAGGCGAGAGACCACAUAUUUGCGACAAAUGCGGCAGGCGCUUCGCGCGUGGCGACGCUCUGGCUAGACACAACAAAGGUCCUGGAGGUUGCGCUGGCCGCCGCUCUAGUUUUGGAGGAGAUGACGACAGUAGAAUGGGUGAUGAGGGCAUGGAGGGCAUGGAAUAUGCUGAUCACGGCGACAACGGCCACGACAUGGAUGAUGAAGACGACGACCCGCGCAGGGAGAGCGAGCCGAGUCGCAAGCGUGCUCACAUUGAAGACUCGCACGAUUCCAACAGGUCUAUCUACCGUCAACACUCGAGCACUUACCCACCACCUCUGGCUAGUCGCACGCACAGAGGCAACAUGGGUCCUCCGAACCAUCACAUCCUACCAUCAUCCAGUUCUGUAACCUCUCCUGGCGAAAAUUCCAACGUCAACUCAACAAGUAGUGUGGGACUGAACCCAUACGGACCACCUACAGUUGUGCUUGGUGAAGGGGGCAUCUCUCAUUCGCCCAAGCCGCUAUCUCCCAAUCAACAAGAUCAACAUCGCCUCAGUAUAGCUGAGGCCACCAGCGCUAUGCGUAACAGAUCGCCUAGCCUCACACAGAUUCAACAAGCGCACAACGCUCGAGGUGGACAGGCUACACCGCCUGCUCCUCACCAAAUGACACAACACAACCAGCUACCUUCACUAGCAGGUCUUGCUUCCGGUCAUUCAAUGAGAUUGCCUAUCCAAUCAGCAACACACAAUUCUAUGCACAAUAGCNAUGCCUUCUGGACCUAUUCAUGGAUCCAAUCCAGGGAGUUUGUCAAGCCACGGACACAGCUCCGGGGGCAGCAUGCGGAAAUCAUUGGUGACAACAUUAACGAUGUCUGGAACUAUGUUAGAAACCUGGAGCAACGGUUCUCCCGCAUGCAAGACGAAUACGAACUGCGCAUAUCACGUCUUCAGGAAGACUUGAUAGCCAUANAGGGGCACCUUAGCUUCCAACAGCCACGUUGA